AUGGUACGACAAAUUGAUCGACAGAAUAACGAUUCAUCCAAGCCAAGUAUGAACAAUAAUAACAAAGAAUACGGUAUUAAAGCCACGGAAUUCAAAGAAAUACUCAUCAUGACCCCAGAAAUAAAAUUAGAAAAUCCCGACCAAAAAAUGUACAGGAUCAACGGAGAAAAAUCACCUUGGGUGGUAAAAAACAUGAGUGGCAUGGAAUUUCCUUUAAUAACGAACGAAAUUGAUCGGAAAACACUAGGAACAAGUAUUUCGCAAGACACGUGUUUAACUGUAGUUAGCGAUGAUAUUGAUUUCAGUCGCUCUGACAUUUCAACAUCGAACCAUCAAAUCAAUAUAAAUGAGAAAAUUUCCCAAUUCCUAAAAUGGGAUGAUUCAAUUGCCGAACAAAAAAAUGAAUAUUACGAUAUUUUACUAAAUAAAUACCAGUCGAAAUCUCGCUUGCCGAGUGGUCUCGACGAACACAUUAAUCAUGACUCAAGAGACAUAAAUGAUAAUAUACCGUGGUCAAACUCGAACCAUGUCUAUUGGGACGAAGACGUGAAAUAUUACAGAUACCCAAUGGAAUCAUCGUUAAGUACGAUAGACAUACGUUCUGAUCAUUCUAAAAUCAAUGAUAUUCCGAGGAUACAGAGUCAGCCCUAUUUACUGGAUAAUUACAUUACAGACACCAAUCCUAGCUUCAAAAAACAGAAAAAUAUGUUGGAUACAUUUUGGAAGGAAAUAGGUGAAUUUGAAAAUUCUUUCGGGCAUUCUAACAUGAAAAAAAGUUCUAAAAAAAAUAUAGACAACCCAGACUAUACCAAAUAUAAUUCAAACAAAUUUACAAAUACUAUUGGAAAACAAACAAAUAUUAAUCAAGGAAGGAAAUGUUUGAAAUAUAACAAGGAAGAUUCAAGUCAAAAUCAAUUUAAAAACGAUCAUACUUUCAAGACUUUAAACCUUGAACCCCAUCUUAAUACUGAAAACCUGGUGACUUCAAAAUGUCAGAUUUGCGAUAGUCCAGGUUCAAUUUCUAAACGGCAAAGUAUAGGGGAUUUGAUACCAUCAACUGAAAAUAAAAUAUUAGCCAAGCGUGUCAAUCAAAUCACACUUCUAACGGAUAAUCACACGCAGACCGAGAAAAUGCACAAUUAUUUCGAAAAAUCUAAAAAUGACAGGAAAAAGUUUUGUGAAGAAUGUGGUAAUUAUUGUCACUCCGAGAAGAAGAAAUUACAGACCGAUAGAACCGAAAAUUCUUUAUUAGUUAAGCGAAAUAAAAAGUUACGUGAUUUAUUGGGCUUGAAACCGGAAGAGAAAAACGUAUUGGUUAUGUUAAAACUAUAGCUGGGAUAUAUAAGAUUGUCAAAUAAAUUUAAUGCAUCUAUACAUGUAGUGUCCGUUGUAUGAUACUUUUUGAUUUUAUUUUUAAACAUAUUUUUACGAUCUACCACAUUUGUGUAUAUUUGCGUA